GGUUGCUCCAAGCCCAGUCCUUGGACACUUCCAGGGAUGGGGAGGCCAUGACCUCAGGGAGCCACAAGCCUGGGAGCUGAUAUUUGGUAACUGAGCCAUUUUAAACAACUCUGGAGCCGCUUCCACUUAGCAAGAGAGGCAAAAUAAGCAGAGAAAAAUGAUCUUUUCCAAAUCCCUUGAAGCAGAACCCCCUUCCCCGGGAGCAGAGGGAGGUGGUCGAACGUGUGGAGUGGAGAGUUAAUUGUCACUCCUUAAUUAGCUCUGCCACCGCCAGUGGGAGCCGGGCCAGGAGUCGGGAAAACAACUGGGCGAGUGUUUUAUGUUCACACCCCACCUCGGAGCGCAGAGCCCGCUGUAAAAUAGGCAGGAAUGCCGCUGCCUGGAAACCCGCUCGGCAUUCCUGCGUCCCUCCUUCCCAAAGACACCUUUCUCCGGGUAAUUGUUCCAAACCCGCGGCGUGUCCAGGGAAAUCACGGUUUUUAGGGUCUAUUUUUUUUAAGCACUGGGGUUUGAGUAGGAGGGGGGGGGGUAGUUCUUGGCUUUGUUUAGUUCCCUUAAAUCCCCCCUUCCCUGGAACUGCCUAGGGGCUUCUUUCCCCCCCUUUUUGCUUCUCUGAAGGCUCAAUUCAAUAAAUACACAUCCGGCUCCUUGGGAGCUUAAUGAAAUUGCGGGAGGCACUUCCAAGAGCAGGAUGUUUAUUUUUCUCUGCUGCUGCAGGUCCUGCGUGCCCGGAGAGCUCCAUAAAGAGCCCCUUGUGCCUGAGCGGGAACGCUGGGGCAGCCGGGAAGUGCUGCACUCACUCAACACCGGGCUCCUCUUACUGCACAGCCGGCUGCCUUUCCAGGGAAUUUAGGAAAACGAGCCCAGUGUUAAGGAGACAAACACUGGUUUGGGACUCUGAGGUGCAGCGAGGAUGGAUGGAUUCAGAAAAUUUGGAAAGAUGCAGAAAAUUUGGAUGCAUUCCAACGCCAGGGGUUCAUGGUCGGAACCUGAAGGAAUGGCUGCGGGAGCAGUUCUGCGACCACCCCCUGGAGCACUGCGAGGACACCCGGCUGCACGACGCCGCCUUCGUGGGGGACCUGCCCACCCUGCGGAGCCUGCUGCAGGACGAGAGCUUCCAGAGCCGGAUCAACGAGAAGUCGGUGUGGUGCUGCGGGUGGCUGCCCUGCACCCCCCUGCGCAUCGCGGCCACCGCCGGCCACGGGCCCUGCGUGGACUUCCUGCUGCAGAAAGGGGCCGAGAUCGACCUGGUGGACGUCAAGGGACAGACGGCCCUCUAUGUAGCCGUGGUCAACGGGCACCUGGAGUGUGCCAAGAUCCUGCUGGAAGCUGGGGCUGAUCCCAACGGCAGCCGGCACCACCGCAGCACUCCCGUGUACCACGCGGCCAGAGUGGGACGGGCAGACAUCCUGCAGGAGCUCAUCAGGUACGGCGCGGACGUGGACGUGAACCACCACCCACCUUCCGGGGGCCACUCCCCGCGGCCCCUCACCACGCUGGUGGUGUGCCCCCUGUACAUCAGUGCUGCCUACCACAACCUCCAGUGCUUCCAGCUGCUGCUCCAGGCCGGAGCCAACCCGGAUUUCAACUGCUGUGGGCCAAUCAACCUGCAGGGCUUCUCCAGGGGCUCCCCGGUGUGCGUGCUGGACGCCGUCCUGCGCCACGGCUGCGACGCCGCCUUCGUCCGGCUCCUCGUGGACUUUGGGGCAGAUCUCAGCCUGGUCAAGGUGGAGGCCUUGGGAAUGGAAUCCACGGGAAGGGUCAAAGUGAACCCUGAGGCUCUGGAGGUGUUCAAAGAAGCCAGGGGCCGCCCCCGGAGCCUCCUGUCCCUGUGCCGCAUCGCUGUCCGGAGAACCCUCGGCAAAUCCCGCCUGGAUCUCAUCCAUAUCCUUCCAAUCCCAGACCCCAUUAAACAAUUUUUACUCCAUGAACACACUUAAAGGACAACUGGCUGCUUCCCUGGAUGGUUUGGUUUGCUCAGUUUGCAGAAGCCUGGUGCCAAUCCCAACCCUUUCCCCACGGAGUGCACAUCAUUCCCUGCUCCUGGGAUUUUUUUGCCCUUCCGGAUUUAAGGGGCAGUGGUUCUAUGUGUCCCUCGUUUCCCCAGGGAUUUGCUGGGAAUGAGCCUGACCGAGGUGUGCGGGUGUUCCCUGAGUAAAUACAAUAUAUCCUGGAGCUGCUGGCACGAGUGGAACUCUGUCACUCCUCUGUUCCACACUCCUGGCUCUCCCUGCUGGAGCCUUUCCUCUUCCUAUAGGAUACAAGGAAGCCUCUCUCUGCCACCAGUACUUGGCCUUUUCCUCCUGUGUGAAGUUUGUGAGUAAAAUUGGGUGUGUUUUCCUCUGUCCUCUUCUGGUGGCACAGAAAACCAGGAGUUCCCACCUCCCUUUGACUCCGGAUCCCGUGGCAUGGUCAGGGAAAGCCCUCCCGGAUCCGCCUUCCAGCUCUGUUUUGUUUGUGGAAAAGGGAGAAGAAAGGGCUUUUUGGCUUGAGUUGGGAGACUCAAAUUGGGAGAUUCUGUGCCUGGACUCCUUUGAUUCCCAGUGCCUCUUCGUGCCACAAGCUCCCAGGAAAGUGUCAUCUCCAGGGAGCCAACAGCCUUCCUCAGGAUCUCAGGGUCAGCUCCUUAAAGGCUCAGGGUCAGUGUAAAGGAAUCCCUGCCAAAAUCCCAGCCUUAGGAGGGCAGAGAUGGUGGUCCCUCGGGAUCUUGGGAAAAAGCUCAGGUGAUAGUUGCUACUUGCUUUUACUUCACUGCUUCAGGUCCUUUCUGGUCCCUGUGUUAGAAGGUGAUUUUUUGGACAGUUUUGCUCUGCCAGAUGUUCUUCCCGUGCUCAUCCAGUGGGCAAAGGGGUUUCUCCAGAUGGGGCUUUAAAGAUCAUCAAAGCCCAGACUGCGUUGGGUUGGAAGGAACCUUACAGCUCAUCUCAUUCCCAACCCCUGCCAUGGGCUGGGACACCUUCCACUAGCCCAGGUUGCUCCAAGCCCCAUCCCUAUGGAUUUACCCCACAGGCCUUGACAAAUGUUCUUUAUCCAGAGCCACAAAUAAAUGGAGGGCAGGAAAAACCCAAUCCCUGAUUAUUUCCUGUUAUUUCAAUUCCAUGACGUGGAAGAUCCAGCUGCCCCUUCCAUCCUGAUUUUAGCUUAAGGUUGCAAAAGCCAAGGAUAUUCCCAAGCCCUCCCUGGGUGAGAUGGGACGGAUGUGGAGCUGUGAGCAGGUGAGGAGGCAGCAGCUUUUCCCCGUUCCCUUUCCAGGCGAGCAGCUGGUUUCGGUUUUCCCGGUGCCUGCGAGUCGUGUGCUCACUUUAUGGAGGUGUUAACAUGCCUGGGAGAUGCAAACAGGUUGUAAAAGCCUCUUGGCACCUUGCUGGGGGAUCCCUAAUGUUUUGCAGGAGCACGGGAUGGCCGUGCUCCGGGAGCUCCGGUGCGGAGGGGCGGCAGUCGGGGUGGGUUGUGUUGGGGCAAAGCCAUGGAAGCUUUUUUUGGGGUGGCUUUUACCCCGGGAUUUUGAGUUGCUUUGCAAACUGGGCGCUCCUGAGUGAAGGUGUGGGGAGAGGGAAUCUCAGAAGCCCAGAAUCUCCAGAGUUGGAUCCCCAAGGACCAUCCAGUGCAGCUCCUGGCCCUGCUCAGGACACCCCAGCAACCCCACCCUGGCCCCGAGAGCCUUGUCCAAACUCUUGGUGCUAUGAGCUAUGGUGAAGUGCCCCAGUGGUAAUUCCCCACAGGAAAUGGGGAGAAUUUAGUGAAUUUGCUGCCUGCUGUAACUCCAGUAUAAUUAAAGCUAAACCUGGUACAAUAUUAAUUCUGAAGUCAAUCCCAAGGGUUCCCCUGACCAUGGAUUUCUCCAGGUCAAGGGAUGCUUCUCCCAGCCCAAGCUUGGAGUUCAUCAAUCCCUUGACCAUGGGCAGAAUCAGAGCUUUGAAGGGCAGGACACAUUUUGCCUGGAUCAUCCAUCCAGCUUCCAUCUUAACUGAGGGAAUGUGCCUGGGAAAGGUCUGUUAAAACCUGGAUGGUCUCACUUUUGGCUUCAAAUGGGUCCAACUUAGGGGCAAUUCAGUAUUAAACGGUAAGUGCCAGGCUUUUCUUAUCCCUGUGGACAUUGGUUGCUGCGUAAACCCAGCAUACUUAAACCUGGCUUUGCCAAGUGGUUUAAUACACAAGAGAGCUGGAAUUUUCCUUGUAGAGAGAUAAUACUGAAUCUGAAAAUAAAUUAAUGAUAAUUAUUGGACCUCAGUGUCCUGUGGGGCCCAAACCUCCAUCCUCUGGAUGUCCCUGUCCUUUUAAACCCAGGAAACGAGAGCCUUCCAAUAUAAAAUCUGAAUAAUAUUUAGGCAUUCUGAUCUAAAUAUUAAUUAGUCAUAUUCUAAUAAUAUUUAGGUAUAUUCUAAUAAUAUUCUAGGCAUUUAUGUAUUUGCAAACCAUAUAAACAGAACCAAAGCAGAUCUGAAAUAAGCCAGGCAAGAUCCAAUGAUGCCUUUUUUUUUCCUGUGGGCUUUCCUCUUGUCUUUAUGGCUCAGGGAAAAUUUCCAGGCCAUGGAAUGCUGGGAGCUGGGACCCAAAGAUUUCCUGCUGUUUGACAAUUUUACAAAAGGUGGAGGAAGAGCGUCCGUUGAGUUGAAGCAAUUUUUGGGUUGUUUUGGGUGGGUUUCUUUGGGCUUUGCUGCUUGUUUUUCACUCCCCAAAGUCGAGUAACAAAGCCCUUUUUGCCCCAAAAAGGUGCAGCACCUUUUUAGCUUUUCGUCUUCCAGGGAGCAAAACACCAGGAGGGAACAGAGGGGACAGAAUCCCACUUCAGAAGUGCCAAUCAGUGGUUUGUUGGCUUUUCCCAGGGGAAAAAAAUCAGCCCUGUGGUGGGUCUGGAUCCACGUGGAGCCGAAUAAAGAUGUUGCAGUGCAAGA